AUGUGUACUUUCCGCCUCCAGGUCAAGAUGUGCUUGUGCAACGACAUCGAGUGCAAGCAAAUUAAUCCCGACAUCCAAGACGACAAGUUCGAGAACGUGGAGUCGGGCGGCCACGUCCUCGAGGUGAUCGAGUACUAUCGCAUCUCGGGGAUGUGCAUGGACUGGUUCAUCAACGAGGACCCUGAUCGGAUGAUGGUGAAGAAAUACAAGAUGGACCCGAACAAUGGCAAUAGCAAACAAGACUGCAAAAACAAGGUGUUCAAGUAUGAUGAGGACAGAUACCUGUCGGAAUUCAUUUGCAAGGAUUGCGUGGGCAAAUGCAAGCAGCCGGGUCAGAAGAGCGAGAAGGCUUGA